UCUUACAUGACCCACCCUCUCUGAGGCAGAGCUACAUCACCCUCCCUCUAUUUAUAUUUGGGACCAGAACAAAAAUUGCACCUUGAAUCUCAGGAGCUGCAGCACAUCACUAUGACUUCCUACACGGAUAAAGGUGAAAAGCACGAGCAGGGCAAAUUGAUCAGCUUUGACCACCUUACUUUCUGGGUGGGCAAUGCCAAGCAGGCUGCCUCUUUUUACUGCAACAAGCUGGGAUUUGAGCCGCUGGCAUACCGUGGUCUGGAGACAGGCAGCCGUCAUGUCGUCUCUCACGUGGUGAAGCAGGGAAAGAUUAUUUAUGUCUUCUCCUCUGCGCUGAAUCCUGGAAACAAAGAGAUGGGGGAGCACUUGGUGAAACAUGGAGAUGGAGUCAAAGACGUCGCCUUCACUGUAGAGGACUGUGAUUUCCUUGUGCAGAAAGCCAGAGAGCGAGGUGCCAUCAUCCUCAAGGAAUCUUAUGUGCUGGAGGAUGAGUUUGGCAGUGUGAAACUGGCUGUGCUGCAGACAUAUGGAGAUACGACUCACACACUGGUGGAAAGAAAGGGAUAUACAGGACUUUUUCUCCCAGGAUUCCACUCUCCGCUCUUCCGUGAUCCACUCCUGGCUCAGCUGCCCAGCGGACAUUUAGAUUUUAUCGAUCAUGUGGUGGGAAAUCAGCCAGAUAACGAGAUGUUGUCUGUGGUAGAAUGGUACCAGAGGAACCUCCUGUUCCACCGUUUCUGGUCUGUAGAUGAUAAACAGCUGCAGACGGAGUUCAGUGCUCUCCGCUCCAUCGUUGUGGCUAACUACGAGGAGACGGUGAAGAUGCCGAUCAACGAACCUGCCAUUGGUAAACGCAAGUCCCAGAUCCAGGAGUAUGUGGAGUAUUACAGUGGUCCGGGAGUCCAGCACAUUGCCAUGAACACCUCAAACAUUAUCAAAGCUAUCCGUAAUCUAAAAGAACGUGGCAUGGAGUUCAUGUCUGUGCCAAAUGCCUACUACGAGCAGCUCCGAGAGAAACUAAAAAACUCAAAGGUCAAAAUCAACGAGGACCUCAGCACUUUAGAGGAGCUGCAAAUCUUGGUGGACUACGAUGAUAAUGGUUACCUCCUCCAGAUCUUCACCAAGCCAGUUCAGGAUCGACCCACUGUGUUCCUGGAGGUCAUCCAGAGGAACAACCAUCAGGGCUUCGGUGCAGGAAACUUCAAGUCUCUUUUUGAGGCAAUUGAGGCAGACCAGCAUGCCAGGGGGAACCUCACUGUCCUCCUGCCCAAUGGGACAUCUGAAGAAAUCUAAACCAGCCUUUGUUUACCAGUAUAUCCACUCAUCUUUUUAUAUAUAUGAAAGCUGUGAUUUUUUUAAGAAUAUGAAACUCUUCACUUGCAGUAUUCUGUAAAUGUUUUGUUGUAUCACUGAACCUAUGUUUUUUUUAAUAUACAGUGGAUAUAAAAAAAAGUCUACACACCCCUUUUAAAUGGGCAGGUUUUUAUAAUGUAAAAUAACAAACCAAGAUUAAAAAUGUAAGAUAUUUUUUGUUGUCACUGGGAAAUAUACCUACAAAUUGAAUGAAAAAAAAAAGUAUUUUAGUGACAAAAUUGGGGGAAAAUCUCUCUUUUCUAAUUGGGAAUGUGGCUGUGUCCUGAAUGAACUAUAUAAUAAGAAUAAUUCCAUAAUUCCAAAUGUUUGGUACAAAA